AUGAGAUUCCAGAACACUUUGCUCUUGGCCUCCCUCUUUUCGGCCCUGGCGGCCUUUGCUUUGCCCCAGAACGAGAACGGCGGUGAUGACUCUAGUGUCUCUGCCGAUUCGUCCUCUGAUGGAGAUUCGUCCUCCGCCUCUGGAGCAGCCGAUUCGAGCGCUACCAGCGCGGCCGUCUCGGGCUCUUCUGACUCUACCGACAGCGCGGCAGCCUCAGACGCAACUGGGGCUUCCGGGGCUUCCGGAGCUGCCGACUCGACAGCCACAGGUUCUCUCGCCGUUGCCUCUGGCGAAUCCAGUGCUGUUUCGGGAGCCUCCUCGGCUGCUGGAAGCGCUGCAACCGGUGCCAAAGCCGCCACCACCUCCGGGGCAGCUUCUGGAUCUUCCAGCGCCUCUUCUAGCGGAGACGACUCGUCGUCCUCGAGCACUGCGAGCAGCGCUGCUUUGAGGGCCGUUGGGAUGCCGAUGGGUUAUGAAUGGUUCUUGGGAAGUGGGGCGAUGGUUGUUGGCGCUGUCGGCGCUGGCUUUGCUACCGUUUUCUAA